CAAUUUAGAUAAUAUGUUAUCUUUCUACAUAUAUUAUAAUUUGAUAAUAAUUCUCUUUGCUGUGAUUUCUGACGUUAUAUUUCAAAACGUCGCCAUGUAAUCGUGACCAGACUAAAUUCUAGUUAUAAAAUAGACUUAAAUUACGAUAUGAAUUAUUAAAUUUCUUGUCCCUUUGCUUCGUGAAUAUAGCAUGUUAGAUCAUAGGGUGGAUCUGUGAAUUAAAGGUCUGGGCAAUAACAUAUUUUUUUUAAUAAGCCCAGCGCCUUUUAAAACAGCAUUUGAGGAUUCUUAUUUGUCUAGGUACCAUUCCAACAAAAUGAACGUGGUAUACAAACCCAGCAGUGCCAAUUAUGGCAGUCAACAUCGCAUGAUCAGAUUUCUGUCAAGUGAUGAAGAAGAUGAAAUCUCUUGCGCUACAGUAAAAACUGAAAAUGGCACUCAAACAAAAUUGCCCAAAAUAGAAAAUCCAAUGGGUACGACUCAAAAAUAUCGAUGCAAAACCAUUAAACACAUUACUCCAAAUCGGAAGCCGAAGAAAAGAAAGAUAAAAUUAAUGGACUGGAAGAAAUAUCACCGUUUAAACGUAAUAUAUUCGUUCUUAGACGAAUUGGAAAGGGACUAUCCGGCUAUUUGUACCGUGUCCGUUAUUGGCAAAUCAGUGGAGGGGCGUGAUAUAAAGAUGUUAAAGAUAUCGAACAGUGAUGCGCGCAACACCGGCGUUUGGUUGGACGCCUCGAUCCACCCGCGGGAAUGGAUCAGCACCGCAGUAGUCACAUACAUCGCAGACCGCAUCGUCAAGAACUUCCAAAACCUCUCCAUAUCCAUCACUAAUAAGGACUGGCACAUAGUUCCCGUACUGAAUCCAGACGGAUAUGAAUACACGCACACUCACGAUCGUAUGUGGAGAAAGAAUCGAGCGUGCUACGGCGGCAAGUGUGUCGGGGUCGACCUAAAUAGAAAUUUCAGUUACGGUUGGGGCAAUAAUGGCGAAGAAGGCUCUUCAGAAGAACCUAGCAAUGUUUUCUAUAGAGGACCUGCGCCUUUUUCAGAACCUGAGACAGCAGCAGUGAGGGAUGCGAUUCUAGGAUCAACAACGUCAUUCAAAGCAUUCCUAUCGUUUCAUAGUUACUUCGAGACGAUAAUAUUUCCAUGGGGUUACAAGAAGGACCCGUGUCCAGAUUAUAUACGAUUAUUGGAAGGUGGAACAAUUAUGGCAAGGGCAAUAUAUGAAAGCAGUGGAUUAACAUACAAAGUGGGAAGCACCAAAGAUCUGACAUACUAUGCCUGCGGGACGAGCACUGAUUGGAGCUACGCCAUUGCCAAGAUCCCGUUCUCAUACAUGAUAGAACUUAGAAGCAGAAAGCAUAGAUUUAAACUGCCGAAGGAUCAAAUAACUACCAACUGCGUCGAAGUUUGGAAUGCUGUAAAAAGUCUCAUGGAUUACGUUGACCACUACUGAUUUUUACCGAUAAUUAUAAUUCCUGCAUUCACCAAAUAUUUUGCUGUUUUGUAACUUGUUUUUGUAAAUAAGUUUAUGUAGAAUACGAAAUAAAUCAGACAUCAUAA